UGCCCACCGUGCACAUCCUGACGACGAUGGCUACCGGACAAACGUGGAUCGACGAGCAAGCGGCAGAGUAUGCGGACCUUGUGAACGACUCAAGCUUCAGCAGUGUCACAGGCUACGUGGAAGACGACCCGACAGAGUACCAGUUGAUCUGGGAAGGUGGCGAUCUCGGUGUGGCGCUGACGACAAACCCGGGUGGCGCCGGGGUGAGCGUGAGUCGCAUCACAGGCAAAGGGUUUCCUCAUGGCAUCAAGAACGUCGUUCCUGGCGACGUGCUUCUUGCUGUAAACGAGCUGAACACGUUCAACCUGACGCUGGAAGACGUGGUGAAAUAUUUGCAGGAAUGCGACUUGCCCGCCACGUUGCGCCUCACUCGCCCUGAAAACGUCACGCGGAACUUCGAGGCGAAAACGCGCGAGUCCCUUUUACAGGGCAGCCGGCCUUCGUCGGUGCAGCAACAGCCGCCGCGCAUGUCGGCGUACAAACCUCAGCGCCAGUCGUUUACCCCGCCGACGAUGAUGAACCAAGGCGUGACAAGCCCAACGAAUGCAGGAAAACCCAGGGACUCCCGUCUGUCGAUGCAGGAGCGCGGGUCGACGAUGAAGAAGAAAGGCAUUGCGUCGCGUCCGUCCACGGGCCACCUUCCACCGCCCGCCGCGACCGCCGCCAAACCUCAGCAUCAACAACCUCCACCCCCGCCCGUGCCAAAGCCUCAGGUUGUUGCCGGCCCCCCUCCGCAAGCGCCGGUCCCGCUCCCCGUCACCGUGCCCACACCGAUCCUAAAGAAACCCAAGCCCGCCAUGCAACCGCCUCCCCCGUCUCAACCACCACAGGCAACCCCGAUCAAAGAAAUCAGUUUUAACAAGCUGUCGAUCGCGUCGUCGGUGGUGGAUAUCCGCGGAUCUGCCGCGUCCAACACGUCCAACACCACGGCCAUCGCGGUGGAAGACGUGUCCGCGUACAAGGCGGCAACUUCUCCCGACGACGACCCGCCGAUCGAGACCCGACAACAGCGCGGCAUCAGCACCUCGUCCGAGAUAGCCAUCAUGGAUUCCAUGCACGAAGACGAUAUUGCCCUAUUGGACGACGACCACGACGACGACGACUGCAACCAUCCGCAUGACGGGUCGUUCAACGAGCACAAGGUGAUGCUAGUUGAAGAAGAGGAAGACGACGACGACGACGACGACGAGGAUAUGUUGCACGAGUUGUCGGGGCUGGACGACGAAACCAAGGAAGAAUACAACGACGACGACAGCGACGACGACAGCGACGACGGCAAGUAUGUCCCCCUUGUCACCCCCGCCGUGGCGCCGCCCCCCGUCACGGCCAUCCCCGUCCCCAAACCCACGCCGCCGCCGCAUCGGCAACCAGACGACAUCCCACCGCCGCCGCCGUUGAAUGUGUACAUGCCAGGCAUGCACGACUCGACGAGCCAUCGCGUGCAAAAGAUCCACGCGAGUGAGCCGUCGCAGCCCAUGAGCACAGUGCACGAAGCCGCAGCCAAGGGCGAUCUGCGCGGCGUACUCAUGUUUGUGCGCCAGGACAAGAACGGCCCCGAGUGUCUGAUCCGCCGCGAGCCCAACCACGGCCAAACGGCGUUCCAUCUUGCCGUCAAGUCGGGCAACGUGAGUCUGAUCCAGAUGAUGCUGGACCAGUUCACCCAUGUGGCGCCCACGGAGGAGCUGCUCAAGAUCGAGGACGACAAGGGCAACACGGCGCUGCACUUCGCCGCCACCAAGACCCCCCACGUCGUGCACUUGCUGCUGCAGGCCGGCGCGCCCGUCACCUCGCGCAACUCGCGCGGCCUCACGCCUCUGAUCAUUGCCGUCAUGACCAACAAGAAGGAUGACAUCAUUAUCGUCAACAUGCUGCUCAAGUUUGGAGCAAACCCGAACGACGUCCACGACGCCACGACGCUGAUUCACACGGCCAUCAACCUCAAACUGCUCAAGGUGGCCGGGGCCCUCGUGCGCGCCGGUGCCAAGCUAGAAGUAGAAGACUCGGACGGGAAGACUGUGUUUGAAAAGGUCAACCGGCCGUCGCUCAAGUACCUCGUGUCGCACAUCUACUUUCCGCCCACGUACAUCUCGGAGAAGGAGCGCACCGAGUGCAUGCUGUGCCUGAAAAAGUUUGGGUUUGGUCGGCGCAAGUACAACUGCACGCUGUGCGGCCGGCUGUGCUGCGCCGACGACGCGUCGCUGUUCAUCCCGUUUGUGCAGUUUCCGCAGGGGUUUCCCGGGCGCAUCCACAAGGGCGCGGGCGUGCUGGACGACAAGCGCUGCUGCAAGACAUGCUUCAACGUGCUCAAAGGACGCGCCAACGCCGCGCCCAAGGCGGACAAGGGCUUCAUUGCCAGAGUGAUUGGCAUCGAGUGGGAUGAAGUGAAUCCGGAUAAGCUGCAGGCAAUUCAGUCGGCUGGCCGACGAAGAGGCUAACACUGUUUUGAACCAUCUGUGACACUGUACCAUGGUGACAAGACAAGUAUUGGAUGCUAAUUACGAUGGAAUAAUACACCAUGAUGUAUAUCAUUACGAUUAAUAUAUCACAAGAGUUGGAA